AUGGGUGUAAGCGGAAGGGAAGGCGCAAGACUUGUCACUACUCUUCUCCCAUCUCGCCACUCUUCGUUGGUUCACGGGAAUCCUCUGUGUCGGGUUCAUUCCCCGGGCCUCGGGCCGAAGCUCGCUCCGCCGGACUUCAAUAACUACGACCUCGCCCGUAGACCUCGGCUCCGAGGAGGCCGUACCGCAAGGCCGAACUCGAAGGACUUUGAUCAAUGGGCACUAGAGAGAGGCGCUAACAUGCAAAAAGCCUCAUUUCGGGUCUUUUCUGGGAAGAGCACAGGAAUGACUACAAGAGAAGACCGAAAACGUCCAAAAGAAUGCCGAUCCAUAGAGAAAUCGAAGCAUAUCGAGACCCGGGGGAAAGAAAGGCCUGGCUAA